AUGAAACUGCUUAUUUUGCGUCUAGUUUCUUCUUUGGUCUUCUCCUUCUUCGAGUUGCAGUCCACCCUAACUGUCGAUUGGGUAAAAUCCUAGGAGGCGCCACGUCUCUCUCAUCGCUGAUCAAAUUAUCAAUUUAUGAUUCGAAGUGGCUGUUGAAGGAUCGAAGGCGUGUGCGUUCAAAUGGCGCAGCACCCGAACAACAUUCCGGUGAGCGAAGUGUACUGGUCUCUGGUCGCCAAGGCCGACAAGAAAUUCUCUAAGAUCAGAGAUUUACCCUACCACGAACGCAGCAGGUAUGAUACUUACUUCUACAAGGUGUUCAAGGUCUACACACAAAUCUGGAAGUUCCAGCAAGAGAAUCGGCAGAAGCUUGUGGAAGCAGGGCUGAAGAGAUGGGAGAUUGGUGAUAUUGCUUCUCGAAUUGGGCAGCUUUAUUUUGGACAGUAUAUGAGGACAAGCGAUGCUAGUUAUUUGGCUGAGUCUUACAUAUUCUAUGAAGCUGUAUUAACAAGGGAAUAUUUCAAGGAGGGUUUAUUUCAAGAUCUUAAUCUUGCCAACAAACAACUAAGAUUUCUUGCAAGGUUUUUGAUGGUAUGUUUGAUGUUGAACCGGCGAGAAAUGGUCUACCAAUUGGUAAAUCAGCUCAAACUGUUGGUUGAUGAUUGCAAGCGGACUUUCCAGGAAACUGACUUUAAAGAGUGGAAGCUGGUGGUUCAGGAAAUAGUUAAGUUUCUGAAAGUUGACACAGCUUUUAUGAAUAUCAGGCCUUUGAGAUAUAGUCUUGUACUGGACCUUCAUCCAGAUUUUCUACCACAAGUUGCUGCUGCUAAGAGAAACCUAAGAUUAAGAGAUGCUAUGUUGACUAGCUAUUAUCCUAGUGAGGUCAAAUUUUCAGAGCUUACACUAGACACUUUUAGAAUUCUUCAAUGUCUAGAAUGGGAACCUAGUGGUUCAUUUUAUCAGCCAAGUGGAGCUCAUUUGAGUGGGCUGAGUGCUAGCAGUGUUCAAAAUGGAGCAUCAGGGCCUAGUCGCAUUAACUACUCACAGGAUAUUGCUGAUCCUACAUUGCCACCAAACCCUCGUAAAGCUGUUUUGUAUCGCCCAACAAUCACACAAUAUAUAGCAGUUCUUGCUACAAUGUGCGAGGAACUCCCUCCUGAUGGUGUUCUCUUAAUAUAUUUGUCAGCUUCACGUAGCACUAGCAGCAUAUCUGGUAGCCCCAACCAUUCUCCUGGGCAAGUCAAAGGGGAUAGCUUCAGCUAUUGUCCUGGUGGCUUACAUAUUGGUACUCGUGGAAAUGGAGGUUCAGAUUGCAUUUAUCCUUGUGACUUCACUCCAUUCACAAGAAGGCCCUUGUUUUUUGUGGUUGACAGUGACAGGAGUAAAGCAUUCAAGAGUAUAAAUGAAGCUGCAAAAGGAGAGCAACCGGCAAUGCUCCUAUCUCCAAGCUCAAUCCCCAACGCUGUAGAUUCUUCUUGUCUUCCAAGUGGGAGCCUAUUCACCUGUUUUCUUACAACUCCUUUACAAGCCUUUUGCCUCUUGCUUGGAAUUUCUGGCUCUGAUCUUGAGAUGGAUGCAUACAACAAAGCAGAUGACUUGCUUUCGUCUUCAUUAAAUGAUUGGGGGUCGUUGUUAGCAGCAUCAGAACCCCUUGAUCCUGUUUGGUCUCAAGUUUUAAAUGAUCCAUUUCUGAGGAGGCUUCUAUUACGAUUCAUAUUUUGUCGGGCAGUACUGGAACUCUAUGCUCCUACUUACCAAAAAGAAGAUUUUGUUCCUGAGUGCGUACCUCACCUUCCGGAGGCUCUCCUGCCCACAGCUGAAGCAUGUCAAACAGCAAUUCUUCAGAUAGCCCACGCCUUCGGUGUAGCUGACAGUUUCAUCUUCUCGAAAGGCAUAAGCCUUCCUGAAGGUAGGUGUUGCGAGGAAGAAUCAAUGUCAUCCUCCUGAAAUGAGCUUUCGGAAGCAAUAUGAAUAUAGUGGGAGCUCUUUUUUCCUUGUGUAUAAUUCUGCUUUUCCUUAGGUUUUUUUUGUCAUGGUUUCUGGGUGUUUCCAGUUGUUAAUACAUGAUCCUUGGAAGUUAGAUUGGAAAUAUGUGUUUUGUCCCUUGUGCGUUUUGUUAUCAUUACAAUAAAUUUAGCAUUUUUUAGCCCUCAAGCA